GGUAGCCGCACAGGGUUUUCCUCCGUCAGAGAGCAAAGAAGCAAGCUGCGAAGAUUAUUCUGUUGCGCUCCAAAUAGGGAACGGGGUCACAGCUGUAUUGUAUAUUCAGUCUACACGCAUAUAUAUAUAUAGUCCAUUGAUAUUUUAGGAAUGGUGUCAGGUCCCGUAUUGGAGGCUGAGAUGAAAUAGCCUAGACAAAACGAGGACUUCAACACGCCCAAAGCAAUCGAUCAAUGCGCAUCGCCACUCACGGGAGAAGACUCACAACGGGUACCAGAAAACGGUCUCGUACUACCCCGAGACGGUUGAUUGAGAGAGUGAGAGACACACACAGAAGAGAAGAGGAGAAGAAAAGAGAGAAAAAGGACUACAGAAGAAAAUUGGACUGGAGCAACCACCAAGAAGGAUUUAAGACAUUUUGAAUAACCCCCAAGAAGUUGUUCUAUACAUUUUUAUAACGUUCCUCAAUGUAUUUUUCCUCCUCGUUUGAAUUGAGAACCAUUUACUAAGGAGUGACAGUGACGUUUCCUGUUGUAUUCAUUCUCCUCUUUGUGGUUUACAGUAACAGUUUACUGUAAUUUUGGACCCCUAUGUUGGUUUGGACGAAAGCACACCUGUGACUUUUCUCACAUUCUUGAUUUGGAGCAACUGAGUGUGAGAGGUGUGAAAGCCAGCGGGAGGGAAGGGGAAUUUUGGCUAUUUGUGUCUUUCUCUUUCUCUUUUGUCUUCUCACCUAUCGUUCCAUUUGUGGGUUUAAGAGGAAGAGGAAAAAGGGUUUACAACUGGGUAUCAGUGACAUUCCGUAGUACAAGUACUCCCGUGUGUGAGUGUGUUUGUGUUUGUGUUCGUGUGUGUGAGGCAAGCUUCCUCACGGUGAUAUAAGACUAAUAAGAGCGGAAAAGGAAAGACGCUACCGUGUGUUACUUUCUGGGAAAAUGGGAUCGGAAAAGGACUCGGAAUCCCCCCACUCCUCGGUGAGCGGCAUUCCCAACCCCAAAUGCCGGGCACCGAGAAAACGCCAAGGACGCAUCUCCUUCCACAGCCUCUUCCACAGCAAACGGGGUUCCCGGAGCGCCAAAGCAGGGGCAGCCACCCCUUUAUCCCAGCUCCACAACCAACAGCAUCAACAACAGCAACUUGCCCCCCUUGUUCCCCCUGUAGUCCCUUCCACACCCGACCCAGCCCCUACCAACACCGCCACGGACCUUCCCCAGGGCCCAGCCACCGCUCACACCUCCACCCCAGCAGAGCCCCUCUCUUCCAGCCGGACCUCCCUGGGUCCCCCCCAGUCCUCCAGCUCCACCACCUCCAGCUCCUCUCCUCCAGCAGACUUCCUGGAGUGCCCCCUGUGCCUGGUGCCCCAGCCCCCCGAACAGCUCCCCGAGCUGCUGGGCUGCAGCCACCGCUCCUGCCUGUGCUGCCUGCGCCAGUAUCUGCGCAUCGAGAUCACGGAGAGUCGCGUCCAUCUCAGCUGCCCCGAGUGCUCGGAGCGCCUGGCGCCUCAUCAGGUGGCGGACAUCUUGGGCGACGCAGCCCUGCUGGAGAAGUAUGAGGAGUUCCUGCUGCGACGCUGCCUGGCCUCCGACCCGGACUGCCGCUGGUGUCCCGCGCCCGACUGCGGGUUUGCAGUGAUCGCUUCGGGCUGUGCCAGCUGCCCCAGGCUGGUGUGUCGUAGAGAGGGCUGCUUGGCUGAGUUCUGUUACCACUGCAAGCAGGCGUGGCACCCCAACCAGACCUGUGACUCGGCCCGCCAGCAAAGGGCAUUCUUCCUGCACCCGCAUAGCAACCACUCACCCAGCUACAUGCAGGAGCACGGGCCUGCUGAUGACAUCAAGCCCUGCCCACGAUGUGGCGCCUACAUAAUCAAGAUGAACGACGGCAGCUGUAACCACAUGACCUGUGCAGUGUGUGGUUGUGAGUUCUGCUGGCUCUGCAUGAAGGAGAUCUCUGACCUGCACUACCUCAGUCCAUCAGGGUGUACGUUCUGGGGAAAGAAGCCAUGGACCCGUAAGAAGAAGAUCCUGUGGCAGCUGGGCACACUGAUCGGAGCCCCAGUGGGCAUCACCCUCAUCGCUGGUAUCGCUGUGCCUGCCAUGGUCAUUGGCCUCCCCGUCUAUGUGGGGCGCAAGAUUCACGCCCAUUAUGACGGGAUGAAGACCAAUCGCCACAGGAGGAACCUGGCCAUCACAGGGGGAGUGGCCCUGUCAAUCGUCACAGCUCCUGUGAUUGCAGCCGUCAGCGUGGGUAUUGGUGUGCCCAUCAUGUUGGCAUAUGUCUAUGGAGUUGUGCCCAUCUCUCUGUGCCGCGGAGGAGGCUGUGGCGUCAGCCGAGGAAAGGGGCGUGGCAUGCGGAUCGACUUUGACGAGGACGAUGGCCCUAUCACAGUGGCUGAUGCUUGGCGGGCCCUCAAGUCCCCCAGUCUGGGUGAGAGCAGCCUGGAGGGGGCAGCCAGCGGCCUCAGCACCACCUCCCCCAGCGAUGGUCUCUCUGUGGCCCCUGGGGUCCUGGGGGACACCCCCCACUUUAACACUUUGGCCGGGGGCGCCCUUGGAGCCAGGACUGGCAAAUACAACAGGUUGGAGCUCCAGGGAGGGGAGCUGGGGAAAGAUGGUGCCCAGAGAGAGACAGGUAGUCUGGGAGCGGGUAGUGACUGUGCCAGCACCCGGGGCAUGGCCGGCUCCAUUAUCUCCUCCUACACACUACCUGACAGGGACUGUAAUAACCUGGAGAUCCAGGUGGACAUCGAGACUAAACCCAGCCACCUCUGCUUGACCAGUGAGGAAGACCUAAACACGCCCCCUGCUGCUAUGGCAGCAUGCCCUGGCUCAGGGGGGGAGGAGCCUCAGGACUGCAGCUCCAGAAGGGGCGGGGCUCUGUUUGGCUCAGCACUAGGCCUGUCUCCAGGGGCGUCGCUCAGGGAGGGGCUUCGCGAUGUCACUUUGGCCCAGCCCGAGAGCAUCCGCAGCGACCUGGAGAUGUCCGAUACCCAAUCAGACGACAUCGCCGAGCUGACGUCAGACGACUGUGAUUCGCCUCAUCUCAAAAGCUGCCGGCCCUCUCAACCCCAGGCCACCUGCAGACCCCUUGUCACCUCUGACAGCCUGCACUGUCCCCCGGAUAACGUCAUCCUCUAUGUUUAAGAGUCCGACUGUCUUUGAGAGCUCUCUGAGAUUGCACAAAUCCAAAAUGUUUUUGUUUUAGCUUUUCUCCAUUGAUUGAUUGAGCGUUUCAGUCAUUUUUUUUGCUGCUUUUUUUGUUUACAAAACAUCUGACCUGCAGACAACACCUAUCUACACGUGUCUGUCUUUCUAUCAACAUGUCGAUCUCCUUGCAGAGAAUUGGCAGGGUUCUACCUCUCUGAGAUUUAAUACAACAAUUUUUGUUUACUUCUUGGUGCAAAAAUGCCUUGGCUACUUAAGCAAACUUUUUUUUUAAACAAGACGUACAAAUUUGCCACAAGAAAUACUGCAAAAAAAAAAAAAAAGGAAACAAGGUGAAAUGUCACCAAGCACACCAAUGAGUGAAGGUUUGUGGGGAAUAGGGUUUGUACUAUGGAAAGGGGAUGUUUUUAGGGAUGCGUGAGUGUGGCAUUUGUACUGGACUUUGUAGGCUUGAUUUCCAAUUUUUUUUCUAUUUAUAAUUGAAUGAUCUUGAAAUGGAAUUAUUUGCUGUGUCCAUGAGUCUGCAUGAACUGCGUUUUGUAUGGGUGUAUAGGCCUACAAGCAUAAUACAUACCUAAUACACUGGUGGAGUUUACAGUAGUUUGUACAGAGACAUGACUUUUAGAUGCGAUCUGCACUUGAAUCUCAGCUGCACAGAGAAGAAGAAAUUAGGGGUUAAUGAGAUCCGAUGCCGUGGAAGAUGGACAAGUACUGAACCAGCAGACAGUUCCACUUGAAUGACUGACUGCCUGCCUUACAGACACUGACGAACACUGGCUUUCUGACAUGCUAGCUGUCUGACCCACUCGAAUGGUGUGUGUGUGUGUGUGUGUGUGAGAGAGAUUGAAAGUGUGUGCUACUCACUCACAAAGACCUAUAAAGACACAAUAUACAUGGAAGGACUUUUUGUGAUUGUAUUUGUUUGUCCCACUAUCGAGUGAAUUUAUGAAUGAGCACUUGUGCACUUUAUUUAAAUAUUCAGCUUUUUUUUGCUCUUCAUUGGCAAGUUUUCGUCCAUUGCUUAAAAUCACACUUGUACAAUCAUAGCCAAAUGUUGAUUAUCAGAAACCUUUUUACAGUGUAACAACAUUUUGCAGAACAAGAAUAAUUACUAGAGCUUAUUUUUGCUGUUUACAAACCAUGUGUUUCAGUUCUUAAAGAUAUCCCCAUUUACCAUAGACAUCAUGAGAAAUCUCUAUAUGGGAACAUUGUUUCACUUCAAAUAAGCUUUAUUGGGUCAAAUCAUACGAUUGGGCAGAGCUUAAUAUGGUAUGUUGAUGUAAUUCAGUUUUGGCUUAUUUCUGCCUAUGAGAAACCACAUGAAUGUACCACGGAUUGAAACAGAACUUCCUAAAUAUGAAAGGAGGAUUUACCAUUAAUAACACACCUAGAUGUGCCGAUUUUAGCAUGUAAAUCCUGGUGGGGCAAACUCCCAUUUUUUUUUAGAUGCAUUGCCAGCAAAGCUACUACACAACACUAAACAAUACAUUAAUAGCACUAUAAUGGUGACAAACAGUGCCCGCAAACUGUAAGGGCCUAUAUAAAGCUGUCCCAACAGCAAAGCUUUCUUUUCAGCACCAUGGAGUGAAUCCUUACCACUGCUUACACCUGGCUAUCAGCAGAGCCUUGUCUGGCAGCGAAACAGUUCAUUCAGCCUCUUAAAAAAACAUAGCUGAUAUGGCUGACUUGCUAAAACAAAUGUGGUUUCUUCUGACAAUUAAGAUGUACAAACUAUGGCAUAAGGGGACGACGAGCGGAUAAGAGGCAAUCUGUAAUUUUGAUUAAGACAUUGAUGAGCGAGCUAAUACGGACGUAGUCAAUUUAACUACUUGUUAUGUACUUUUGAAAUGUACAGCUACAGAAUUCAGAACAUGGGCCGUUCUUACAGUAUUCUCCCUGUACACCAAGUCAGAACUGUAGGAUAAAUAAAGAGGGCAUAUAAGCAGACAAUGAAAGCUCUUACAAUAUUCAAUGAUUACAUUUAUCUAAAACAGGCUAUUAUGAGGGGGAAAGGGACCAAGGAAGGUGGCACAGCAUUCCUCAUCAAACUUUGUCAUCAAAGUCUGGUAUUCUCUGGAUUUAUGGUGCUUUUGAGACAACUGGGAACUCUGGGGAAAAAACAAGGUUGAAUCCUGACCUCCAGUGAUCUUCCAAUUGGAGCUCUAGAAAGAGACCUGGGUUCCCAACUUGGAAUUUUAAGUUUGAUGACCAUUCAAAACAUAUUUUUCCAGUUGGAGCUAGUUUUUUAAAACUCACUUUUUGAGUUAUUUUUGAACUCACUGAAGUCUGAGAUUUCCCAGUUCUGAGUUUCCAGUUGUUUUGAAUGUGGCAGAAGUCUUGCUGGAUUGACAGCAUGAAUGUUUAUCCUUUUAAUCUUGGAAAAGAGACCCUUAAACCCAGACAUAGACCACACACCCAUUCCACUGAAUAGCAGGCUAGUGAUUGCUUUGCUACGCUUGCAGUUAGCCACUGAUUCUUUCCAAAUCACUCAUUGUUGAAAUUGCGAUGUCCAACUUGUGUAAUAUUUAUGUCCAAUUGCAGAUGAGCACCGAUACGUUUUAUCUAUAAUUUCUCUUCAUAUGACAAGGAUUGAAAAGGAUUUGCCAGUAGAUUAUCAAUGUGAUUCAUGAUGAUGACUGCUUGACUAGCUUGCUAGCUAAGAUUUUGAAAGUAUGUUGACAUGAUCAGUCCACUCAAAGCUACGGUAGAUAUAACGAGAUUUGACAAUUUUAUCUGUGGCCAAUGACCUUGAGCUUUUUUGGAUGGGCACUUCUAAUGUAACUCUAAGGCCGCACCCGAGGGGCUUGAAUUUUUUAGCUCUACCCGUAGAUUUUUCAGUGACGCAGUGUCCCCAUGAGUGACAGAACACUGAGCUAGUCACGGCGCAACUAGAGAACAUUACCAACCCCUACGCUCCGUAUUUUCCGCUGGCUGCCCCACCACCACAGAAAGCACUGAGCUAGGCUAAAACACCUGCAUUUUGAAGCUGCCUUACUCAAGAAAGCAAAAAGAGACCCAUGUUUGUAUGUGGCUUUAUUAACUCAAUGAUUUAAUUUUAAUUUUAUAUUGUUUGAAAUAUAUGUAACACGUAUUAAUACCAAAAUAACAUGCAAAACAGACAACAGGAGGGGCUCAAAACAGGUGGGGCUCUGCCCUGAAUGAUGGGUCGCCACUGGAUGUGGAUAAAAUAGUUAUAAAUAUAUACUGUAAAUAGUAAUAUAAAAGUAUUAUAUAUAAAUGUGUAUCUCCUGACACUGUUUUGUAAGCCCCUAUAUGGGGCCGAACACACAGGACUGUGAAAAACCGUUGUGGACAUAUUUUGGGAAAAUAAACACAUUUUCUGUUGCACCAA